CUAUAGUCUAUGACUUUAGACACGUGCAGUAUGCAUUUAACCCUGUGCAAUCAUUGUAGAUAAAAAAAAAGAAAGAAAUAUCCUUCGAUAUAUUUGAAAUUCUUUUAUAUAUUACUGAGAAACGUGAAAAGAUACGGAAAAAAUGGGAAAGUUGGGAGUCCGCUUAAAUAGCCGGAAGAACGCAAAACGAUGGCCAAAGGGCCAAAGCUCGAGUUCCAACCCGCAAACUGUAACACAUCGGGAACAGGCAUCUUGGAUGUUUUUUAAAGACCCCAUUGCCACGGAAAAGCCUGGUAUAACAAAAGAAGAUUUAGAAAAACACGAUGCUUGUCAAGGAGUUAAAUCACCGGCAGAAACAUCUGAAAACGAUAAUAAUUCUUGGGAAAGUUGUACAGAAUAUACUUCUAAUACAUUUGCUACUAAUUACAGUAAUUGUUCAAAUGUAUCAUUUAGUAGGUUUUUAAAUAAUUUUCAAUCAAAUUCAUUGUUACAUAAGGAAAUGUUAGCUGUAUUGUCUGCCGUAACAGAAAUUAUAAAACAAAAUGGUGGUAAUGAAACUAGUACAGAAUAUUUUGCUGCAAUGAUGAGCACUUUGGAAGCAAUUGAAUCAAACAUGUCCAUUGCAGCUACGCUAUCAUUAUUGGGCAUGGGUUUGAAAACUGUACCAAAGAAUGUUUUAAAUGUUCAAUUUGGAGCUGCAAGUAAAAUUUUCCUAGAUAUCCUUGUCAAAUAUACAUCAUCGGAAGAAUAUCUAAUACUUCGACAUUGUAUUCAUUGUUUGUCCUUGUUACUUCGUGCGCAAGAAGCAGCAACAUGGUCUAAUUCGUCUACAAUGCAAGUGUUGGAUGUUAUUUUGUCAUUUACUAUACAUUAUAAACCAAAAUUGAGAAAAUCAGCACAACAUGGAAUUAUUGCCAUAUUAAAUGGAAGUGAUAUCAUGAAAAGUGAGGAUCCACCACCGUAUCACCCGGCUGCACCAUAUAUUGCAAUAUUCUGUAUUGAUUUACUGGAACCUGAUUCCGAAUCCAAUGGAAUUACAAAUAUUCUUCAUGUUCUUACAUUAUUGAAAGAUAUUUUCCAUCAUAUACCAAAAACUUACGUGAAGAUUAUCAGUGAGUCUUUGUUGAAACUGAUGACUAUGAAAAAUGUAUUAAUAACUUCAUGCUGUCUACAAGCAUUUCAUGUUUUGUUCGUUUCUCGACCACCGGAACUUAUUCUACCAGUGCAAAGAAAUGGACAAAUCAUUAGUGCUCUUUAUGUUUACCAACCUCCAGCAACUGAUAUUCAACCAACUUUAGCAUGGUUAACUGUCAUGCAAGAAGCACAUUUGACUGUAGCUCAUAAUUCAUUAAAUUUAUGUGCGGCUCUUUUACCAAGAAUGUUUGAGACAUGUAUAAAAUACUGGCUUUCGGAUAAAUCGGAAAUUAUAUCUGGCACUUCGCACACGUUAAAAAUUUUAUUACAAGAUUGUGUCGGUAAAUUUUGUGAAACUGAAGAAACAAUAAAAACAUAUAAAGACGCUAUUGAUCAGAUAACUCUAAUAAUGCGUGAAGCCUUACAUUAUCGAUAUUUGGAAGCUUGGUAUUAUAUUUUUCAUUUAAUAGCUCUACUUUUUGAGAUAACUGGUAAAGCGAAAAGUCCGCAAUUAAUAGAAAUAUUAAAAAAUCUGGCUGUUUUACGUGAUUGUUAUAAUUUUACAUUGAAAAAUGACGCUGAAUACGCUAUCGGAGCUGCGAUAAAGUUUCUUGGACCAGAGACGGUACUAAAUCUUAUUCCAUUAAAACCAUCAAAAAAUAUUAUUAAUUUAAAAAGGAGUUGGUUACUACCAUUAUUGAAGAACUGUUUAUUAGGUGGAUCACUUACUUUUUUCAUGCAAACAUUAUUACCUAUCGCAACAUUGUGCGAAAAAAAAUCAUUUGAAUCCAUAGGAGGAAAAACUUACGAAUUUCUCGGUUGCCAAAUCUGGGCUAUAUUACCAAGUAUAUGCAACGAUGCUACUGAUGUAAAAGAUAAUUUUAAGAAUAUAGCUAAAUUAUUGGGAACAAAUUUCAGUAACAAAAAUUUGAGAAUGUCGAUACUUCAUUCUUUACGAAGAUUAAUAACAAGAGCAGUUGAAAAUAAUAAAGAAGAAGACAUAUGUGAAUUAGCUAGAUUUGCAAAGAAUUAUCUACCAUUGUUCUUAAGUUUAUAUACUACUAAGCCAAACGGAACUGAUGAAGAAGGACAACGUUCUUCUACAUACAAUACAAUAAAGAUAUAUCUUACAAUUACAAAUAAAGAAUUAGUAAAUGAAUUAUUCGAUCGUGUAUUGUCUAAGUUAAAAGAACCUCAUGUCGAUGAUUUUUUGAAAGAAAGUAUUCACGAUAUAAUAAGAUUACUUAUUGAACAUACUGACAUCGAUAAAAUAAAAGCAUUUUAUGAUAUAUCUGUAUCGUGUCUUAAAGAAAAUUCUAAACUCAGGGAACAGAAAAAAGUAUACAGAUUUUUGGAGGAAAUAUGUGGUAGUGAAAAAGAAACGUGUAAAGCAUUUGUAGCUCAAUAUAGACGCGAAAUCCAAAAACUAUUAAUAUCUUCGGCUACUGAAGUCGCAAAACCAAGCAGAGGGUCACGAUUAAGGUGUUUAAUUCAUCUAGUCAAAAUUCAUCCACAACUUGAGAAAACUAAAUUCUUAGAAGCCGUUGUUCCUGAAGCAGUAAUUUAUUUGAAAGAUUUAAAUGCACAUUGUCGAAAUUCCGCAUAUAAAUUGUUAAACACUAUUGCUGAGAAAUUUUUGGGACAUCCUACACAUCUUAAAGAUUAUGUCAAUAUGUUGAUGAUUGGUUUGAGUGGUGGAGAACAAAAUAUACAGAAAUACUGUAUUGCAUCUUUACUGGCACUUUCUUCUAUUACUUAUUACUACAACGGAUCUCUAGAUAUGGACACUAUUAAAGAAAUCUUAGAACACGCGUGUGUUUUUGUUACAAGUCCAACAAGGGAGAUCACAGAAGCUGCAUUAGCAUACAUUAAAGUUUACAUUACUGCGAUGCCGUAUCAUAUUGUUGCUCCGAAUUUAAAAAUGUUGAUAGACGCUUUAUGUGGAAUGAGUAAUGAUUGUCAGAGGCAUUUUAGACAGAAAAUACGAGAUAUUCUUGUGAAGUUGAUAAGAAAGUAUGGAAUGGAAACAAUUUCUAGUAUGAUUCCAGCUUCUAAUGUGAUAUUGCAUAAAAGAUUGAAAAAUAUGAAUAAAGUAGAAAUGAAGAAGAAGAAGAAGAGAGAAUUGAAGAAACUGCAAGAAGAAGAAAAUAAAGAUGAUAUUGAGUUUGAUGCAAAGAGAAAACCUAAGAGUUUAGAAGAAAUAUUAGCGGAUAGUGAUAACGAAUUUGAAGAAAAUCUGGAGAAUGAAAAACCGACGAAAAAGAAAAGAACAUCGCGAAAGGAAGCCUGGAUACAAGAGAAUGAAGAAAUCAUUGAUCUUAUCGAUCCCGCGGCAGCUCGAAAUAUAUCAACGACUCAACCUGGAGUUAUAAAUUCCAAAACGACAGCUGCAAAACGGAAAGAUCGUGAAUUCAAGACUGCUCCAGAUGGCCGUCUUAUUAUUACAUUGGAUAAUGAAAAAGCUGAUGAACCAAAACCUAAGAGGAAGAAAAAGUCUACAAUUUUGUUGCACAGUGAUUCAGAAGACGAUUAUGAAGAUGAUGAUAUUCAGUCAGUAAAAUCACAAGAAAUGGGUAGGAAACGUAAACAUAGUGAUAAUUAUGAUAACCUUAGUGUGAAAAGUGCAUCUACAACGAAAUAUGAAGCGGGAGGAUCUGGAAUACAUCGAUCAUUGAAAAAAGCAAAAAUAGAACGCAUACCAGGAGCAGAGUAUAAAGCAUUAAAGGCUGGAGGUGACGUUAAAAAGAAAGGAAAGCCCGAUCCGUAUGCAUAUGUACCUUUAACAAGAGCAGCAUUAAAUAGAAGUUUUGACUUUAGGAAAAACAAAAAGAAUGCGAGUAAAUUUCACAACAUUAUCAAAGGAGCGAAAAAAGGUGCGAAGAUCGGAAUAAAGAAAAGGAAGAAUUAAAAUAGUAUAAUGUAAAAUAUUGCGAAAUCAUGUUAUGUGAGUCACAAGAAUUAUAAUUAAUCUUUUUUAUUAAAAAUUGAUAAAGAUAUACAAAAUUUGAUGUAUAAAUGAAAUUAUAUUUUUUAUUUUCAGUUAUUCAUUGUAGAUGUAAUAUAUUAAUAUUGACUUAUAACUGAAAUGUUUUUGAAAAUGAAAUGACUUCAUUACAAAGCGAGCAGGUUUCUAUCGAACUAAUGAUCUAAAUCGUGCAAUCUACUGGGGUUUAUAAAGAAUUCUUUUUACGUAGAUGAUUUAAUUUAUUAUGUACUUCAAUAGAGCAAAUAUUGAAAUUCUUACAACUGAUACAAAAUAACUUAAGGAUAAUUGUAUUAAAAUAAUGACCGGUCUCCCUUCUGAAAGAGAACAAUUAUAUAAUUCUUAUCAAGUGCCUAAAAUUAAGCACUUUUGUUAUCCUAAAAGUGUUUAAAUGUCUAUAUGUGAAUAGAGAAACUCACAUUUUCUUUGUAUUAACUCUUUUUAGGUAACAUGUUCUCCAGCUCUCCAGAAUCAACCAAUUCUUUUACAAUAUCUAAUCCUCCAAUGAGUUUCCCAUUAAUGUACAACUGAGGAUACGUUGGCCAAUCGCUAAACUUCUUAAGUCCUUCUCUAACAUCAUUAUCUUGCAAAAUAUCAAACGUCUGAUAAUCUGCCUUAUAGGAAUCUAAGAUAGAGACUAUUAUUCUAGAAAAUCCACAACGUGGAUUUGUGGGAGAUCCUUUCAUGAACAACAUACAAGAUGCUUGAUUUAUUAAUUUCUUUAGUCUUUCUUCAAGUUUCUCUUUCGGUUUACACGCGUCGAUUGAAAUAUCAUUGUUGCUCAAAUGACGCUUGAUCUUUUGCGCUAUCGCAGAUGGGUCAGCUCCAUUGAUUCUAUCGAGUAUAGUAUCAUUUCUUAUGAGAAUAACCGUCGGUACUGCACUGAUGCCAACCUUUAACGACACGUCAGGUAUCUUUUCAGCUUCAAUCUUGGCGAAUUUAACUCCCGUGUACUCGGCUAGUUUGCUCAUUUCCUCUAUCACGUCGUUUAUCUGCGAACACUGAUCGGCCCAAGGUGUGUAGAAGUGAACAACGGAAAGAUCUUGUGACUUAACAUAACUGUCGUAUUCUUGUUGAGAGUCAAGAUUAGUGACAGACAUUCUGUCACUUUUUUUUUUUUAUUUGAUAAACACGCGAUAAUGUUAAUAAGAACUAUUUUACAAAUAUAGUUAAACGUCACGUCUACGCGACUUUUAACACCACUCUCAUGGAGAUUUUAUAUCACACAAAUGCUCAAUUACUGCUCUUGCGCAGAAGUCCGCCAAUCAGCUACAUGCUACA